AUGAAGCCUCGUAGUGCAGGCAACAGUCCUUCAUCAGCAACUAGAAGACGAUCAACAGUGAAUCAAAAUGCGAUGCAGGGACUGCCCACUCAAUAUCAAUCAACCCUGGAAGAAGCCCUUCUCACCUCAGCCGCCCGGAACUCACGUCCGAUGAGCUGGCAUCCUUCAUCAGCAAGAACUCGCGGUCUUUCCAACCCGUACAUCUCAGAUUUCCCUGCGAAUAACUACGCCGGUAUGGGAACCGUGCCCGAUCAGUACCUCAGCUCAGACAUCUACUGCGACGACAACUCCAUCUCAUAUCCUAUGACGGCGGACCCUUCAUUCUCUCCCAACUACUUCCCCGUCUAUUCAACCAUGCAAGAGGACUUGCCACUUCCACAGCACACGCCCGCGCUCAUGACACAUCUCGACCCGAUGGGAUGGGAAGCCGCCGCUAUGUCCACUGAUAUGUCAAUGAUGUCGCACCCAGCCUCCGACAACUGGAACCUCGACAUGCUAUCAAUGGGCACCAACAUCCCCCCACCAGAGACAACAUGUCCAAGCUACGUCAGCGUCCCUUCCCCAGGUGAACUGAGUGGCCCAUCCACACCGGAUUUUCUCCCCAUUCAGCAAUUUGAGGAUCCCUUCCGGAUUACCGCCGAGCCUAAGAAGACUGGAAAGGGUGAAGAAGAACUGGUCGGCAUGGGCCUCUACAGUCAACCCAAUGGAACACUGGCACGAGCCCCGCAGAGCAAAUCAGGCGAGGGCCUGAAGCUCGAAGAAACGUUCACUCCAUCCGACGAAGACAAGGACGACGAAACGGACGAGGUGGAGAUCAUUGGAGAACGUGAAGUUCCUCAGCAACCAACCUACCAUGAAUCCGCGCCUACCAUUCGCCAGUCAAACUUCACUUCCAAGCAGCAGCCCAGACAGGCUCUGAACUUGCUCCAGCGGUCUUUCUUCUUCGAACACGAUGAUACGGAGCAGCAGCAGAUGACUGCUGCACAGCCUUUUGCUGGUUUCAAUCAGCCUUGCAUGAACUAUGGAUAUGGGUGGAUUUGA